GAAAUUUGCAUGUCCUUCAGCGUGUCGCCCGCUUCGCCGCCGCCGCGCUGCAGUUGAGGUGUUUACAAGAAACUGUGUCAAGUCAGAUCAAGGUGAACGUGCUGCAGUUGGACAAUGCUCAGUGCACGCUCACGGAGCUGAGAGGACAUCCAUCGGUCUGAAUAGGACAACAUCAUGACAGGUGACACAGUGGUCUGGAGGGGUCUGACCUGGGUGAAGCAGGCGGCCAGCAGAGCCACACCAGGCGGCCUGCCCAGCACCGCGAACCAGAGGCUGAUCAACUUCCAUCACGCCGCCGGAUCAGCAAGGGAGACGUUCAACAAACAGCAGGAGGUCUGCGUCCACAGAGCCACAGCCACAGCGCUUCACAGAUACUCAACCAUGGGAGCUUGUUUCAGCACCUGUUUCAUUGGAAGUGUAAAUGGAGGACAGGGGACCUGCAGUGGCAGACCAGCACAACAUCUGAAACACCACAGGGACUGGUCGAGUCAGCUGCUGUCUGGACAUACGAGGUUAUUUAACCAGGACAACUCCACGGUGGGGCGGCUGACGUCGGAGGACAUCGAUAAAGCAAGAAACACCAAGAAAACAGACAUAAAGCAGCAUAAGCAAGUGCUCAGUGAAAGAGCCAGAGAGAGGAAGGUGCCGGUCACACGGUUAGGAAGGCUGGUGAAUUUUGGAGGUCUGGCUGUUGGACUUGGCAUCGGGGCGAUCGCUGAAGUGGCUAAGAAGAGUUUAAAACCCCAACAGCAAGGUGAUAAGAAAUCCGUAUUGAACUCGAGUGCCUUCCUGUCCGAAGCCAACGCUGAGAGAAUCGUCCGGACGCUCUGCAAAGUCCGAGGCGCUGCUCUAAAACUUGGACAGAUGCUCAGUAUUCAAGACGAUGCUUUUAUCAACCCUCAGCUGGCCAAAAUCUUCGAGCGUGUUCGUCAGAGCGCCGACUUCAUGCCCACUAAACAGAUGAUGAAAGCCAUCAGCAGCGACCUCGGCCCGCACUGGCGAGACAAGCUGGAGUACUUUGAGGAGAAGCCGUUUGCAGCUGCGUCUAUUGGUCAGGUGCACUUAGCGAGGCUGAAGGACGGCAGAGAGGUAGCCAUGAAGAUUCAGUACCCUGGGGUUGCCAAGAGUAUCGACAGUGACGUGAAUAAUAUCAUGACUGCUCUGAGUUUGAGCAACGCGCUGCCUGACGGUCUGUUUCCUGAGCACCUUAUUGAGGUCAUGAGCCGUGAGCUGGCGCUGGAGUGUGAUUACAUAAGGGAGGCAAAAUGUGCAAAAAAAUUCCAAGAGCUGCUGAAGGAUCACCCCUUCUUCUAUGUGCCUGAUGUGAUUGACGAGCUGAGCAGUCCGCAUGUCCUCACCACCACGCUGGUGCCUGGUUUUCCUCUGGACCAGGCCACUGACCUCUCUCAGGAGCUCAGGAAUGAGAUUUGUGAGCAGAUCUUGAUUUUAUGCCUGAGGGAGCUUUUUGAGUUCAGAUACAUGCAGACUGAUCCCAACUGGUCCAACUUCUUCUUUGAUCCACACGCUCACAAGGUUGCGUUGUUGGAUUUUGGAGCCACGCGAGGAUUCGAUAAGAGCUUCACUGACACCUACAUCGAGAUUAUUAAGGCAGCUGCAGAACAGAACAGAGAAGGCGUCCUGCAGAGAUCCAGAGACAUGAAGUUUCUCACAGGAUACGAGUCAAAGGCGAUGGAGAACGCCCACGUGGACGCGGUGAUGAUCCUCGGGGAGGCCUUCUCCGCCGAGGAGCCCUUCAACUUUGGAGCUCAGAGCACCACGGAGCGCAUCCACAGCCUCAUCCCCGUGAUGCUGAGGGAGCGACUGACGCCGCCUCCUGAGGAAACCUACUCCCUCCACAGAAAGAUGGGCGGCUCCUUCCUCAUCUGCUCCAAACUCAAAGCUAAAAUCCCCUGCAAGAACAUGUUCCAGGACGCCUACAACAACUACUGGAAAGAUGGACGCCCCGACUCCACACACUAGCCGAAGCAUGUUGCACCCAGGAGUUUCUAGUGUUGUUUGUGGUAUGUCGAACAAUUUAACUCUCACAUUCUCACCUGUGAAGAUAUUUUUUAUCAGGUAGCCUGCAACAGAUUAUGUCCAGAUGUUGCCUAGUUUUUUACUUGUUGUCUACUCUGCUGACUCAGCAAGUAAACUGGUGUGAGCAUGUGAUCAGAUUGAUGUCUACUUGUUAGGAACAACUUUCGUAUCCGUGUGCUUUAUAUUCCAUAUAUUAUCUUGACCAGGACUUCGAUCCAGACUAACUCAUUAAAUAUUAUGUGUGAAGAUUA